CUCAAGAACUAACCUCUAUAAUUACUGAGGGUAUGAAAAGAAGAAUGAGUAUGCCACGCGAAACCGGCGCCUCUAACUGGUUGUCCAGUCUCCCCAUCAAAGUCAAAGGGUUUAGUUUAAACAAACAGGAGUUUGUGGACGCACUUGCCCUGAGAUAUGGUUGGCCAAUAGAGGACCUGCACCAGCACUCCACAUGUGGUUCGGCUUUCGACCCCAACCAUGCCAUGACGUGCAAGACGGGAGGCUUCGUUUGCAUGCGCCACGACGAGGUAAGGGACGUGACUGCACAAAUGCUUGGCGAGGUGUGCCGCGACGUGAGGAUCGAACCUCCCCUCAUCCCCACAGAAGGGCGCAACUUCUCACUCCAAUCCGCCAACACUGCAGACGACGCCAGAUUAGACAUCAGUGCCAACAGUUUCUGGAUACGAGGGCAACGGGCCUUCUUCGACAUACGAAUCUUCAACCCUAUGGCCACGAGCAACCGAUCCCAGGAACUCCUCUCUGCUCACACUAAGCAUGAGAACAACAAAAUGAGGGAGUAUGGCGAACGCGUCCGAGAAGUCGAGCAAGAGAAAAGGCAGCAACAGAAGAGCGCCGUCGUUGCAUGGAUGAGGUGUCGAUUGGCCUUCUCACUACUACGGUCUUCACUGCUCUGUCUACGAGGAACAAGGAACAAACCGGCAAUGUACACUAGUCUCAAGGAUUUAGAUAUAGAGGAAGCUGUUGUAAAUAGUAGAAUAGAGAGAAAUAUAUAAUUGUAAACAAAAGUAAUAAAGGUUAAAAUACGUUGGAUGUCGACCACAGCCACUGGCGAGGACGGGGCCAGUGGACUGUUCUGUGAAAUAUUAUUACAUAUAUAUUUCACAACACAGAGAC